CUCCGACCGGGUGCACGGCCUUUGAAGGUUCAAUGGGUUUCGAUCAUGAUAUAUAUGAUGGAAUGACACUGGCCGGGUUCGCCUGGUGGUGUUGUCAUUUCUCUAUACUACCUGGGCUGUCGCAUAACCCCAGCUUUCUCUAUCCCUCAGCGACUCAUCAUGUCGACGCCAGAGCUUCGCGAAGAGCCCAUCGAGGUGAAUGUUCCCAUCUCCAGGCCAACUACUCGAACUUCGAGUACCUCUACGGCCCAGGACAAUUACCGCCAACCCAACGAAAAAGUCAACACCGACCCCGAGAAACAAGUCCAAGGUCAACAACAUCACUCACAAAAAGAGCACGUUCCUCAUUGGAGACUCGUCGCCAGCCAGAGUCUCAUCACCGAUGCUGUAGCCAACCAUCCAUACAAUGGCGCCGGUACUGAGGAUGAUCCCUACAUCGUCGAGUUCAUCCCCAAUGAUCCCCGCAACCCGAUGGAGUUCUCACAGGCCAAGAAAUGGUUCAUCACCCUCACUGUCGCCAUCGCAACGCUCGCCGUAGCCUUUGUCUCUUCAGCCUACACGGGCGGAGCAGAUCAGGUCAUUGCCACUUUCGGCGUCAGUGAAGAGGUCUACACCUUGGGCGUUUCCUUAUUUGUUCUGGGUUUCGCUGUGGGACCCCUACUAUGGGCCCCAUUAAGUGAACUGUACGGUCGACAGGUACUCUUCUUUGGAACUUAUGCAGUCCUUACUGCCUUCAAUGCGGGCGCCGCUGGGGCCAAUUCUAUGGCUACUCUGAUCGUGCUGAGAUUCUUUGCCGGCACAUUUGGAUCUUCGCCUCUCACCAAUGCUGGUGGUGUUAUUGCCGACAUGUUCCCUGCUACUCAAAGAGGAUUGGGUAUGUCUAUCUUCGCCGCUGCGCCGUUCUUAGGUCCUGUCAUUGGUCCGAUUGUAGGAGGAUUCGUCGGCGAAACGAUUGGUUGGAGGUGGAAUGAAGGAGUCAUGGCUUGCUUUACAGGACUUGUCUGGAUCUUUGGUGCCUUGACCAUCCCCGAGACCUAUUCACCUGUCAUUCUGUCAAGACGAGCGAAGAUCCUGUCCAAGAAAACCGGAAAGGUUUACAUUUCAGUGCUUGAGAGACGGCAGGGCAAGACGACGCCCAAGGCUGCGUUCCAGAAGUCAUUGGCUCGACCGUGGGCUUUACUGUUCCUGGAACCCAUUGUCCUGCUCAUCAGUAUCUACAUGGCCAUCAUCUACGGAACACUUUAUCUAUGUUUUGGAGCUUUUCCUAUUGUCUAUCAACAAGGUCGUGGCUGGUCACCGGGCAUCGGAGGUCUCGCUUUCCUCGGAGUUGCGGUCGGAAUGCUCAUUGGUGUUGGGUACAGUAUCUGGGACAACAAACGCUAUGCAAGAAUCGAAGAUGAGCACGAUGGAGAUGCUCCUCCCGAAGCGCGACUUCCUCCGGCAAUGAUUGGUGCCAUUGCUUUGCCCAUCGGCUUGUUUUGGUUUGCCUGGACAAAUUCACCUUCAAUACACUGGAUCGUUAGUAUUAUUGCGACCGCACCUUUCGGUUUCGGCAUGGUGCUGGUCUUUUUGGGUUGCAUGAACUAUCUCAUCGACGCGUACACCAUCUAUGCUGCUUCGGUCCUCGCAGCAAACUCGGUUCUGCGAUCCAUUUUCGGCGCAGUCUUUCCUCUUUUCACAACAUAUAUGUUCAACAGCUUGGGCAUACAUUGGGCAUCUUCGAUACCAGCCUUUCUCGCUUUAGCCUGCACGCCGUUCCCUUUCGUUUUCUACAAGUACGGCGAGACCAUCCGACUGAAGUGCAAGUAUGCAGCUCAGGCUCACGAAAUCAUGGUGCAAAUGCGCGCUCAACAGAAGCAGCUUCAAGAAGAGGAACAUGAGGAGGGGCAGGAGGAAGAGGAAGAAGAAAUCGAAGAGGAGAGCAGACCCGGACGGCUCGGAGUCAGUCGUGCCACCAGCCAUGCUAGCAGAGCCACCAGAGCCAGCAGGCCUAGUAUGACGCGGGUGAGUACUCGUGCUUCACGUGCUGACAGUCGAGCACGCCGUGAAGAGUUUGGAAGAGUGUACAGUCAUGCCAGUCAUCAUCACUUCUAAGUUGUGUCUUUUUAUGUGGACAGGGGAUG